AUGUCGAACACUGGCCUUUCGAUUGCAUGCAUAUUGCUAAUAGGAAUCAUAGGAACAGAAUCAUUGGCAAUAAAAGAUCCAAUUCCGUUUGGAAAUCAACGCUUAGAUGAUUUUUUCUUUGUGAAAAACGGAACUGUUUUUCAUCAAUUUAAUCACGGAGCUUAUGGUGGUACUGCGAAAGUCGUCGUACAAUCUCAAUAUCAAUACGUGGAACAAAUGGAAUCAUCGAUUCGUGAAUGGAUGAAUGGUGCAACUGGCUAUCGACAAUGUAUAAAAGCAGCGAAACAGCGGCUAGCAGCAAUGAUGCACAUUAAGAAUACAUCGGAUACAGUCUUGGUUGAUAAUGCAAGCGAAGGAAUAAACGUUAUUCUUAGAAAUUUAGACCCACCGCUGGGAUCAUCGGAUUACAUUCUUGAUCUUUCGAUUGCCUAUGGGCCAUUCAAAGGUCUCUAUCAAUGGUUAGGUUCACGUUAUGGUGUGAAAACUUUAGAAAUACCUAUCCAAUGGCCACUAACAGGUCCGGAAUCCUUUAUCCAACCGAUUACAGCGGCAUUGAAAGCGAAUGCAUCGUCUCUAAAUAUUCGAAUAGCAAUAUUUAGUCAUAUAUCUGCCUAUCCGGCAGUUAUCUUACCUAUCAAAGAACUAGUCGAGUUGUUUCAUCAGUACAACAUUCCUGUGAUUAUCGAUGGUGCUCACGCACUCGGAAAUAUCGAAAUAAACAUCGAAGACAUGUCUAAUGUUGACUACUAUUUUACCAAUACACAUAAAUGGUUAUAUUCAAGUAAAAGUAGUGCAAUACUCUAUGUUCGACAUGAUCAUCAACAUUUGUACGUUCCAGCCCCAGCUAUUGUUGAUUCGACAAUGACAGAUGAUUUCGAAUCGAGAUUUAUAUGGACAGGCACACGUGAUCGAACAUCUUACUGUGCGAUCUUAUCUGCAUUAGACUAUCGGCAAACAUUAGGUGGUGAGGAAAGAAUUAUGACUUACAAUCAAGAACUAGCACAAUACGGCGGACGCUAUUUGUCGCGACUAUGGGGUACUAGAAUUCUAUCACCGGAAAGCAUGCAAAGUGGAAUGACCAAUGUACAAGUUCCAACGAAGAACUUUACCGUAUGCCAAAUUGUUGUUAAUGAACUAUAUAGUUCUUAUAAUACAAUGGUUAGUGGAGCGAGUAACAUCGCUCCGGAUUUGGGCGACAUUCCAUGCUAUUUACGUUUAUCAGCGCAGAUUUAUCAAGAAAAACAAGAUUGGCAUGUAUUGGGUGAAUUGGUUGUUAAAUUAUUGAAACAAUGGAAUGCUUACUCACCAGGACUGAAACUUUUUUGA